AUGCCCCCCAUAAAAGCCAUAAUCCUCGACCUCUGGGACCUCCUCCUGCCCCGCCAGGCACUGCCAACGAGUCCCAAGAUCCCGCGCCAAACCAUCCGACAGAUCCUAGACAGCGACAUAUGGGCCAACUACGAGCGCGGCAAGCUCAGCGAAUCUAAGGCCUGCAGACAGAUCGCAGCACGGUAUACCCUCGACAAAGCCGACGUCACCGACAUCCUGCGCCAGGCGCGUGUCCAGGGCCCACUGGAACAGAAUGCGUACCUGCACGUCAUGGAGAACCUGCGCGCCAUAAAGGCCGAAGCCCAAGCCGAAGGAGCCGGAAAGGGUACGGGAAUCAGUCUCUGCGCCAUGCUGAACGUCCCCGCGCCAGCAGCGGAAUGCGAAUCUCUGCGUGCGCUCAUCGCAGACUGUGUCGGGGACGAUAACGUCUUUGACCGCGUCUUCUUGUCCCAUGAGGUCGGAAUGCGCAAGCCGGAUCUGUGCUUUUACGGCCAUGUCCUUUCUGAACUUGGACUUGCGGGGUCAGCCGAGAAAGCGCUGUUCGUUGAGUCGGAGGGUGAGAAUGUCCUUGCGGUUAAAUCGUUGGGGGCGCGUGUGAUACUGCACUAUGGGGAUGUGGAUAAUACGCUGCGACUGAUUCAGAAUGCUUUGGGGGAUGCGGUGGCGUAUGGGAAAUGGUUUUUGAGAGCAAAUGCGAAGAGGAUGUUUAGUGUUACUGGUUCGGGCGUUGAGGUGAGGGAGAAUCUUAGCCAGUUGGUUAUUCUCGAGGUUACUGGGGAUAGUGAGCUGGUCUCCCUCAAGGAGACUUCGCGGACAUGGAACUUCCUUCAAGAGAAGCCUCUGUCCUCGAUAAGCGCGUAUCCGGACGACUUUGACACAACGGCUCUCGCAUUGACGGUCCUGGAUCGAGACGAGAAGGUUGUCCAUGCCGUCAUGGACGAAAUGGCAAAGCAUGUCAGCGCCGACGGCAUCGUUUUGACCUACUUCGACCGCACCCGCCACCACGUCGACCCCAUAGUCUGCACCAACGUCCUCCGCCUCUUCCACAAAUACAGCCGAGGCUCUGAGCUAUCCAAAACCAUCUCCUGGGUCCGGGAUGUUCUCAAAAACCGCGCCUACAUUGACGGAACGCGCUACUACGUCACCCCGGAGGCGUUCCUGUAUACCAUGUCACGCCUGCUGCAGUGCACAGAGGGCCACGCGCUCGAGGGACAUGCGGAGCUGGUUUCCUUGCUCCGUGACCGUGUCGCUGAGCGCAUAGGACUCCCUGGGGACGCAGUUGCGCUUUCUAUGCGUCUGCUUGUGUGUUUGUAUGUUGGCGUGGAGGGGGCGGGUGUUGAUGUUGAUGAGGACAGACUGCGUGAGAUGCAGGGUGAGGAUGGCGGAUGGGAAACCGGAUGGGUGUAUCGGAAUGGCUGGAAGUCGAAUCUGCGGAUUGGGAAUCGCGGGAUGGCGACUGCGUUGGCUGUGAGGGCGUUGGAGACGUUGGAGCGGGUCCGCCGGGCUCGCAUGACGCAGUCUCCUUCCCCCAUGCAGAGAAUAUCUCGUCUCUUCUCGGCUGUUGGCAUUUAG